AUGGACCCCCCCUCAAUAUCUCAUUCGCAAGCCUUGGCUUUUCUGGUCUUGGACGAGAUCCGAUUUCCGGCCCAGGGCCUUCUGGGCGAUAUCCUCGAGGCUCAGGAUCAUGGGCCGAACACAAAUCGAGAUACUUGCAUCAAGAUUUCUCGACAGCGGAUCGGACCAAAAGGUGGAGGUGCGAUCCUUGUGCACGCUGGAGAACACGGUUGUCUCGUCAAGUCUCGCUCGCUUUCUCUCUGGCUUCUGCCGUUCCACGAAGCCAAGACUGGAGGGCAUGCGGACGAAGUCAUCGACCCAACUGGUGGAGGAAGCACUUUCUUGCGCAGCUAUGCUAUUGACUGUCUUGAAUCGAAAGAUAUUGCACAUGCAGCCUGCUGGGAUCUGGGUACUUCAUUUGCCUUCGAACAAGCGGGAAUGCCUAAGAAAAGCAACGCGGGCGAUAUGGAAUUGUGGAAAGAAGCGAAUGUGUUUGGCAGGCUAAAGAAGUACAUCCCGAGGCAAAAGUGUCCCCCUAAUGCGGUAAGAUUGGUCACUAUGAGCUGGUCACAUGACUCGCUCCGUUGCGGGACGCGCCGCGACGCGUCGAUGAAUUUACGCUCCGCGAUUUGGGACGACACCAACUCACCACCGCUCACCAUGCCACACUCAGUAACCUCUUCUGGGUCUGCCGCCCAGAAUGACGACGAAAUGUUACCAGAUGCUCCAGCUGGAAAUGGAGUCAAGUUGGAGGAUAUGUUCGACGGUGACGACGACGAGGAAUUCCCGGCCUCAGAGGCCCAGGACGUGAAAAUGGAGAGCUCGCCUGCUCCUGAGCCUCCAUUAGCACAGAAUUCUGCAGCGGCGGAAGUCGACACUGAAAUAAUGCUUGCAUUCUACCAGCGCCUUUUUCCAUUCCGCUACCUGUUCCAAUGGCUCAACCAUGGAAUUGUGCCAACUCGUGAUUUCGGAAAUCGAGAGUUUGCUCUCACACUCCAGAACGAUGCGUAUCUCCGGUACCAGUCGUACCCCACUGCGGACCUGUUCCGAAAGGAUAUUCUCAAAAUGAACCCAUCUCGUUUUGAAAUCGGCCCGGUAUACAGCACCAACCCGCGUGAUCGCAAGACCCUCCGCGGAGGCCAGAUGAAACCCGUCUCCAAGGAACUGGUUUUUGAUAUUGAUAUGACAGACUACGACGACAUUCGAACGUGCUGUCAAGAAGCAAACAUCUGCCACAAGUGUUGGGCAUUCGUCACCAUGGCGAUUAAAGUAGUCGAUACCGCGCUACGGGAAGAUUUUGGGUUCGAGCACAUUCUCUGGGUGUACUCAGGUCGUCGUGGUGUCCACGCGUGGGUCUGCGAUCCCCGUGCGCGAAACCUGCCAGAUGAGCGACGCCGAGCGAUCAUGGGAUACAUGGAGGUCCUCAAGGGAGGCUCGCAAACUGGUAAGAGGGUAAACCUCAAGCGUCCCUUACAUCCACAUGUGGCGCGCAGCCUCGAUAUUCUCAAGAAUUACUUUGCCCAAACUACCCUGGCCGACCAGGACACAUUCGAAAGUGAUGCGCAAGCAGAACGGCUCCUUUCUCUACUUCCGGAUAAGGACCUGAACGAAGCUCUGAAGAGGAAAUGGGAUUCCUCCCCCGGACGCCCCAGCACAAACAAAUGGGCCGAUAUCGAUGCGCUCGCCAAAACGGGCAAGAGCAGCAAAUUGAAUACAAGCACCCUGCGUGACGCGAAGCAAGACAUCGUCCUCGAGUAUACCUACCCUCGACUCGAUGCUGAGGUCAGUAAGAAAAUGAUUCACUUGCUGAAGAGUCCGUUCGUCAUUCAUCCCAAGACCGGCCGGAUAUGUGUUCCAAUCGAUCCGAAGAACGCCGACGAGUUUGACCCCCUUGCUGUUCCUACCGUCUCAAAUCUGCUCGCUGAAAUUGAUGCGUAUGAUGCGAAACACCCGGCCGGCACCGCGGAAGCAGAGGUUCCUGAUAUGGAAGGGAGCGCCGUCAACGGGUCGGAUAUCAAGGGUACUCGCAAGCUGCAGGACUAUGAGAAGACGAGCUUGAAGCCGUACAUCGACCACUUCCGCUCUUUCAUUGCUAACCUACUGAAAGAGGAGCGGGUUGUGAAGAGAGAGCGUGAAGAAACCGGCCCGGCCAUCAAGGCUGAUCCUAUGGAAUUCUGA